CCGAGUUCCCGGGGAAGCCGCCCAGCGACCUGCCGUCCGCAGCUCCCGCCCAUGCUGGGGGAGGGGAGAAGAGCACCCUGAGGAGAGGAGGGAGAGACUUAAAGGCUGAGCCCCGGCGAUGUGCCAGUCAAACACCUUGCAAGGAGCAGACCUUCACAAGGGGAAAUGGUGAGAUGCUCUAAAGCUUUGUCUAGCCCUCCUCCCUCUUGCUACAACCUCCACAAAGUUAAAAUUCAUGUCCGGAGGCCGCGCCCGGGAAGCAGCAGCUGGGCUGGGGAGCAGCAGCCCCCACGGCUGGAAGGGCCCAGGCCCCUGGGCUUGGACGGGGGCACGCCCAGUAGGAGAGCCCGGUUCAGGCGCCACGGCAGAGUCUGCCCAGAGCCGAGCUGGUUCAAGCCGUCCCUGGCGCCCUCCAGGACAGCCGUUUCUGCCGACCACAUCCCACCCGCUGGGCUGCCCCCCAGCCUCUCCUAACGGAGCCGACAGGUUGCAAUUCCCCCAGCUGGCCCUGAGGCGAAGGUUGGGCCAGCUCAGCUGCAUGUCUGGGCCUGCUCUGAAACUCCGCUCCUGGCCUCUGACCAUUCUCUAUUACCUUCUGCCUUUCGGCGCCCUUAAGCCUCUGAGCAGAGUAGGAUGGAGGCCCGUGAGCCGGGUCGCCCUCUACAAGUCUGUGCCCACACGGCUGCUGUCCCGAGCCUGGGGGCGGCUAAACCAGGUGGAGCUGCCCACCUGGCUGCGGAAGCCCGUGUACAGCCUCUACAUCUGGACCUUCGGGGUGAACAUGAAGGAGGCCGCCGUGGAGGACCUCGACCACUACAGGAACCUGAGCGAGUUCUUCAGCCGGAAGCUGAAGCCGCAGGCCCGGCCCGUUUGUGGCCUGCACAGCGUGAUCAGCCCGUCUGAUGGCAAGAUCCUGAACUUCGGUCAAGUGCAGAACUGUGAGGUGGAGCAGGUGAAGGGGGUCACCUACUCCCUGGAGUCCUUCCUGGGCCCGCGCACCCCUGGGGAUGAGCUACCCUUUGGCAGCCAGGAGCCGGCGAGAGAGGCGGGACAGGGAGAGCCUGCAGGAGCAGCCCAGGCCCCAGCGCACUGCUCCUUCCAGAACCAGCUGGUGACCAAGGAGGGAAAUGAACUCUACCACUGUGUCAUCUACCUGGCCCCCGGCGACUACCACUGCUUCCACUCCCCCACAGACUGGAGGGUGGCCCACAGGCGGCACUUCCCAGGCUCUCUGAUGUCCGUGAACCCGGGCAUUGCCCGCUGGAUCAAGGAGCUCUUCUGCCACAACGAGCGGGUGGUCCUAACUGGGGACUGGAAGCACGGCUUCUUCUCCCUCACCGCCGUGGGAGCCACCAAUGUGGGCUCCAUCCGCAUCUACUUCGAUCGGGAGCUGCACACGAACAGCCCCAUGUACAGCAAGGGCUCCUACAACGACUUCAGCUACAUCAGCCACAGCAACAAGGAGGGCAUCCCCAUGCGGAAGGGGGAGCACCUGGGCGAGUUCAACCUGGGCUCCACCAUCGUCCUCAUCUUCGAGGCUCCCAAGGACUUCAACUUCCACCUGAAGCCGGGCCAGAAAAUUCGCUUCGGAGAAGCCCUGGGCUCCCUCUAGGGCCAGCGUCUCCCCGCCGCGGGGGACAAGGUGCCUUGCUCUGCUCGACGGGGCCGGGGCCAGACUUUGGAGCCAUCUCCCACCCCGGAGGGGUCCGAGCGCCCGGCCAGCCUUUGAGAGGGAGGGAGGGAGGGAGGGAGGGAGGGAGGGAACCUGCCUUAUCCCCGGCCCAGGCGGCCGAGCUGCCAGGGCGCGGGGCCGCUGGGGUGACGCUUCACUCUCUCAUCAGUGGCCGAUGCGGCUCUGCCCGGUGUCUCCUCCCCAGAGACUCCCCUCGUUCCCCGGAUCUCUCCAGGCCUUAAUCCCUCUCAGCGUCUAAUCCCCUGGGCAGGCCUUUGUAUGCUGGGUGCGACGCCCAGCGCUGCCCGGGCCCGAGCUCGGCUCCUCCAGGCCUCCCCUGGCGGGUGGCUGGUUUUCAGAAUCCCCUGGAAGGGCCCUGGCAGGAGCACCCUCUCCCCUCCCUCCGCCCCCCCCCCCCCGCCCUCUGGUCCUGGGCCGUCGCCCGUGAUUUCAGCCCCUGGUGCUGAGAGAGGCAGGCGGGGGAGGGCCCUGGCCGGCGGCUCUGGGGCGCCAGAAUUUCAGCCAUCGACGCUGUGUCCUAGCCCAGUAUUUUUGUAUGUCAGCCCAAGACGUGGGGACGGGAACUCAUUUAAUUGCAAACAAACAUUUUCCAAUAAAAAAAUACACGGCA